AUGCCUUUACCGUUAUUAUUUAUUCCAAAAAAUCGCAAAGCAAAUUUUGAUAUUGAAAUAACAAUAGAAGAACUUUUAAACGUUCCUUCAAUAGCAGGACUUUAUUAUGUAAAAUGGAAAUUCAAGCAUAGAGGAGAGUUAAAUGGUGGCAAAGAAAUUAGUAAUAUUGGAAGAUUAAAAAUCAAUCUUUCUGAAUAUGUUGGGUCCACCAUAAUAACUAGGCACUUUUUAUUACGUGAAAGUAAGGUUAAUUCUACAUUAAAGAAUUUAUUUUAUUUCAGACCUCCAUUAAAGAAAACUCAAAUAUUUAAUGGUAUUGCUGGAAUGAUAUCAGAUCAUAAUGAACACCAAGAUGAUGAAAGAUCAAUUGGGUUAAAUACAGCACACUAUAUAGCAAAAUCUAAAUCAACAUCUUCACUGAGAUCUGCUUAUUAUGCACAAGCAAAUCACACAACGCCAAUAACUUCAUCACUUGCAGCAAAUAAUUUUCUUCUUAAUAUUGAUAGUAAAUCACCAAUUGAUGUUAUUGAAGAGAUAUUUAUGGGGAAUGAUCCUAACAAUGAUGUUGAUGUUAAUGAUUAA